GGCGGCGCGGGGGAAGAUGGCGGCGGCGGCGGCGGCGGGCGGGUGGGGGCCGGAGGCGGAGGAGUUCGAGGACGCGCCCGACGUGGAGCCGCUGGAGCCGACGCUGGCGAACAUCAUCGAGCAGCGGAGCCUCAAGUGGAUCUUCGUGGGCGGGAAAGGCGGUGUGGGCAAGACCACCUGCAGCUGCAGCCUGGCCGUGCAGCUCUCGAAGGUGCGGGAGAGCGUCCUCAUCAUCUCCACCGACCCCGCGCACAACAUCUCCGAUGCUUUUGACCAGAAGUUCUCCAAGGUCCCUACCAAAGUCAAGGGCUAUGACAACCUCUUUGCCAUGGAGAUCGACCCCAGCCUGGGGGUGGCGGAACUGCCCGAUGAGUUCUUUGAGGAGGACAACAUGCUGAGCAUGGGCAAGAAGAUGAUGCAGGAGGCCAUGAGCGCCUUCCCCGGCAUUGAUGAGGCCAUGAGCUAUGCUGAGGUGAUGAGGCUGGUAAAGGGCAUGAAUUUCUCGGUGGUGGUCUUCGACACGGCGCCCACCGGCCACACACUGCGGCUGCUCAAUUUUCCCACCAUCGUGGAGCGGGGCCUGGGCCGCCUCAUGCAGAUCAAGAACCAGAUCAGCCCUUUCAUCUCCCAGAUGUGCAACAUGUUGGGGCUGGGCGACAUGAAUGCCGACCAGCUGGCCUCCAAGCUGGAGGAGACGCUGCCCGUCAUCCGCUCCGUCAGCGAGCAGUUCAAGGACCCGGAGCAGACGACGUUCAUCUGCGUGUGCAUCGCCGAGUUUCUCUCGCUCUAUGAGACUGAGCGGCUGAUCCAGGAGCUGGCAAAAUGUCGCAUCGACACCCACAACAUCGUGGUGAACCAGCUUGUCUUCCCCGACCCCCAGCGGCCCUGCAAGAUGUGCGAGGCCCGGCACAAGAUCCAGGCCAAGUACCUUGACCAGAUGGAGGACCUGUAUGAGGAUUUCCACAUCGUGAAGCUGCCGCUGCUGCCCCAUGAGGUGCGGGGGGCCGACAAAGUGAACACCUUCUCCUCCCUCCUGCUGGACCCCUACCAGCCCCCCAGCCCCAAAUAGCCACCCCACAUGCCCCCCCGGGGCGGGGGCAGACAAUAUUUAUUCCCCCCCCUCUGGGAGGGUCAGGACGGUUCUGCCCACCCACCCCCCAACGCAGCCCCCACCUCCAGGCUGUCGCCAACCAGCACCAUGGCCCCCCCCCCAGGGCUGCUCUUUUCUUCCUUACUCCCCGUCCCCCCCCCAGGCUGGGGGAACAGAGACGGGGCCCCCCGCAGGGGACCUUGUGUAAAUAAUAAAUUUGGAAAGUGGA